AUGUCGUCCACAUCCAAUGCACCAGGAUGGGAUCCUUCCACCAAACCAUUUCCUGCAGCCAGAAGGGGGGAUGCCAGCAAAUCUUACAAGAGCAAAAAAGCUGGUGGCAAGGAAGUAGUCGUCCCUGAACCUUAUGAGUGGCUACAUACGCCUCCCAGCCAGUCGGAAGAAACCAAGGAGUUCGUGCUGAAGCAGGCGAAGCUGGCUGAGAGCUACAUUGCAGGCUAUCGUGAGCUGGAGGCGAACUUUCAGUACCCUCGGUUUUCUUGUCCUUCUUUCAAAGGAGACGGCAGCGCAGCAUACUACUCUUACAAUGCGGGACUCGACCCACAAAGCACCAUCUAUAGGGUGUCUAAGAAUGAAGUGGAUCUUCCCGCUGGGGAUAAGCCUGCUGGUCAGCGAUGGUUCGACCAAAAUCUCCUAAGCAAGGACGGCACAGUGGCCUUGUCGUCGAUGUCGUUCUCCAAGUCUGGCAAAUACUUUGCCUACGGCAUCAGCAAAGCUGGAUCGGACUGGAACACCAUCUACGUACGCGAAGCAUCUGCACCAUUUGUUGAGCCGCCUACGGACGAGUCCACAGCUCCUUCUGGAGGACCAGAUCGACUAUCGGAUGUCAUUUCUCACGUCAAGUUUAGCGGUCCUGUCUGGACUCACGAUGAUAAAGGCUUCUUCUACCAGCGCUACCCCGAGCCCCCUGCGCACGUAAAGGACUCUGGCACGGAGACCGACGCCAACAAAGAUGCCGAGCUCUUCUAUCACGUUCUAGGCACUAGUGCCAAGGACGACGUCAAGAUUGUUUCGAAGGAUGUCGAUAUCCCCACAAGCAUGUGGUCUCCGCAGAUCAGCGAUGACGGCGAGUGGCUCCUGCUGGGCAACAGCAAGGACACCGACACCAAGAGCAGGACUUUUGCGUUGAGCCUGAAGGGACAGCCCAUUGGUGGCUCGAUGAAGUGGAAGCCGAUCUCGACAGCUUUUGAUUCUACAUUGGGCUACAUCGCAAACGAAGGUCCUGUAUUCUACUUCAUGACGAACAAAGAUGCCCCAAAUUACAAGCUCGUCAAGAUCGAUCUGAGCAAAAUCGAAGAUCAAGAGGGACAUCCUGCAAAGCUCAAGGGCGUCGCACCCACCGAAGACGUCCUGCCGGAGGAUCCACAGGCAACACUCAGCUCCGCAAGCGUCAUCGCUGGAGAUAAGCUGCUCGUCAUUUACCUGAGAGACGUCAAGGAUGAACUCUGGCAGCUGGAGCUCAAGACUGGCAAGAAGAUCAAGCGUCUUCUGCCCGAGCUCGUCGGUUCCAUCACCCAGCUGUCUGGACGAGUGGAGGACAAUACUGCUUUUGUCAGCUACAUGAGCUUUACCGCACCCGGCACGACCGUCCGGUUGGACUGGCCCGAGAAGUCCAGUCCCACUGACACGCCCACAGAGUCAGUGUACCGAUCGACAGUCGUGGCAAACAUCCGAGAAGAGGACUACAUUUCGGAGCAGAUCUUCUUCCCGUCCAAGGACGGGACAAAGGUGCCGAUGUUCGUCACUCGGCGCAAGGACACCAAGCUCGACGGAAGCGCACCGGUCUGGCUCUAUGCCUAUGGAGGAUUUGCGAUCCCUAUGCAACCCGCUUUCUCCCCGAGUCUAAUGACCUGGGUGACGCUCUACAAGGGGAUUUUGGUCUUUGUGAACGCUCGUGGGGGCUCCGAGUAUGGAGACAGCUGGCACAAUGAAGGCAGGCUGCUCAAGAAGCAGAAUACCUUUGAUGAUUGGCUCGCGGCCGCCAAGUACUUGGUGGAGAACAAGUAUGCUGCAAAGGGUAAAAUCAUCGUCAAUGGUGGAAGCAAUGGAGGAAUGGGAGCGAUGGCUGUCGGCAAUCAGGCUCAGCCCGAGCAUGGUAUCGGAGCUGUUGUCGCGGAGGUCGGCGUACACGAUAUGUUGCGCUUUGCUGAAUUUACCAUCGGAAAAGCCUGGGAGGCAGAUUACGGCAAGCCCACGGAAGACCCAGAAGCUUUCGACUACAACUAUGCCUACAGUCCUCUGCACAACGUAGAUGCCAAAAAGAUAUACCCCACCGUACUCCUCUUGAGCGGAGACCAUGAUGAUCGAGUCGUUCCUGCUCACACUUUCAAAAUGACAGCAGAGCUGCAGCACAAGUUGCCCAACAAUCCAAAUCCAAUUCUGGCACGCCUUGAGCUCGACGCCGGCCAUGGUGCAGGCAAGAGCACCCAAAAGAGGAUCAACGAAGCGUGCGACCGUUACGCUGUCGUGGCUCGCGCGCUCAGCCUCGAGCUUGUCGAGGCGCCUUCGAAGGGGAACGCCUCUCUGUGA